CCAACCGCGAAGAAGACGCAGAGCUGAUGCUCGGAAGCGAUGAGUUCGAAACGCGACGCGGGACGUCACGUUUACUCUUUUCAGGACUAUAAAUGCACGCCUGACCCGAUAUUCGCGCUCGAGGCGGAAUGUCACGAGAAGCCUAUAGUGGUGGAUAACGGCUCGUACCAGUGCCGCGCGGGAUGGGCGUGCGGCGAGUCUCGUUUCGAAGAGCCGCUGCUCGUGUUCAGAUCGGCGGCGGCGCGCAGCAGAGGAGCCGCGCGCAGCGAGUCUCAUGUCGGCAAUGACAUCUCGAACCUGGAGCCGCUGCGCUGGACGCUGAAGAGCGCGUUUGACCGCAACGCGCUGGUGAACUGUGACAUCCAGGAGCUCGUGUUUGACUACAUCUUCACUCACCUCGGCAUUAACACACAGGGUCAUGUGGGUCAUCCCGUGGUGGUCACCGAGCCGCCCUGUAAUCCACUUCACUGCAGACAGAUGAUGUCAGAGCUGCUCUUUGAGUGUUAUGGAGUCCCACAGGUGACGUACGGUGUGGACAGUCUCUUCAGUUUCUAUAACAACAACAUCACUCAUGGACUGGAUCCGCCCCACACGGGUCUGGUGCUGUCAUCAGGGUAUCACUGCUCCCAUGUGCUGCCCGUCAUCAAUGGCAGGUUGGAUGCGGUGAACUGUAAGCGUGUGAAUGUUGGUGGAGGUCCGUCGGCGGCGUAUCUUCAGAGACUCUUACAGCUGAAAUAUCCAGCGCAUCAGAACGCCAUCACACUGAGCCGGAUGGAGGAACUGCUGCACCAACACAGCUACAUCGCACUCGACUAUCACAGCGAGCUGGAGAAGUGGAGACGUGUGGAGUUUUACGAGCAGGAGGUUCACCGCGUUCAGCUGGCGUUCUCCGGGCGUGUGACGGGUGUGUGUGAGGAGAGGAGUGAGAGAAAAGCUCAACAACUCAAACGACUGCAGGAGAUCAACAACCGCCGCAGAGAAGAGAAACUACAUGAGGAUCAGAAACGACUGCAGACGCUGCUCGCUGUACAGGAGCUGUUGGAGGACGGAUCUCGGGAGUUGUUUCACAGGAGUUUGAUGGAGCUCAACAUGGAUUCAGCUGAAGAGCUUCAGUCUUACAUUCACAAACUGAGUGUGAGCGUGGAGCAGCACAAGAUCACACUGAAGACAGAGCUCUCAGAGAUGGAGUCUGCGCUGGAUGAAGGGAAUGUUGUGGAUUCAGAUGUGACUGAGGAGAGCAGUGUUGUUCAGCCCUUGUUUAACGUGGCGGAGUAUCAUCAGCUGUUUGUGGGCACGGAGCGCGUGCGAGCGCCGGAGAUCUUAUUCCAGCCGUCUCUGAUGGGUGAAGAACAGAUGGGUUUGAUGGAGACGCUGCAGUUUGUGCUGGAACAAUAUCCUCCUGACCUGCAGGGGGCGCUGGUGAAGAAUGUGUUUUUGACAGGAGGUAACCUGCAGUACAGCGGCGUCAGAGAGAGAGUUCAGAGAGAACUGCUGGCCAUCAGACCCUUCCAAUCACACUUCCAGGUGUCUCAGGCGGAUGCAGGCGCUCUGGACUCGUGGUUUGGGGCUCGUGAGUGGGCUCUCAGGAACCCGUCUGGAGGUCCGGGCUGGAUCAGUCGUCAGGAUUAUGAAGAGAAGGGAGGAGAAUAUCUGAGUGAACACUGCGCUUCAAACGUCUUCAUACCCAUAGAACUUAAAAACACAUCACCAGCUCCAAAACUCACACUCGUGGGAAAAUACACCAACCUUCCUGACACUGCCAACAGUGACAAUGUCUCCAUCCCUUAAUGUGGGUGUGUGUCACUCAAAUCAAGAGAACGCUUUUUUAAACUGAUGUGUAAAUACUGUCUGUGGACAAUACGGAUCACUGUGUUUGUUAAAUAUGCAUUGUGUACAAGAACAGAAUAAACCUUCAUUCUGAUGACUG